AUGAGUUUUGGUGCUUCAAAACCCAGACAACCGUUUCUUUUGCGGCCGACAGGUUCUCCAAUGCAAAUGCCUAAUUCUCCGUUUCCACCAAAAAAUGAACCGGUCAACGAAAAUCCGGGCUUUGGGCUUCUUCCUCGUGGAAUCCCCAAUCAUUUCAGAUGGAGAACGUCGAAUUACGGCGAAAAACAUUUUGCAGACCCACCGCAGCUCUACCGUCCUCAUCCAAGGGUCUGUCUCUCAUCGCCUAAUUUCACUAAUCUGAAAAGUGGCACCGACAAUUUUGCCUACCAUGUUGAUAGUAAUGAUAGUUAUGGUGGGAGUGGUGAUGAUGAUAUGGAUGUUAACGAUUACCAAGAAAUUUGGGAGCAAAACAAGACAUAUGAUAAUGGUGUCGGUAAUGCCAACCAUGGUCAGUAUCAGAAUAGUUUCAAUUGUUAUGAUAGUAAUAAAAGAGAUAAUUUUAGCAGUGGGGCCAACAAUAUUUUUCAAAAUAGAAUCGUGAAUAAUGCAUUUCAAUCUCAACAACAGCAACAAUAUCGACCACAAUUUCAGCAACAGCCGCAACAAUAUCGGUCGUCAAGACCGCAGUACCAGCAGCAGCAACAUCUGUUGCAGCAACAAAGACCUCAGCAGAGACAACAAAGACCUCAACAGCAGCAACAACAACAGCAGCAACAACAACAGCAACAGUCAUAUUACAGCCGCUCCUUGCCUAACCAAUCAACAACAGCAGCAGUUGCCAUCCCAACACCAACUAAACCACGUCUAACUAGACCAUUGCUGCCCAUUCCAAUGACACAUUUAUCCGGGGAUCUGCAACAACAACAACAAAAUCCCCAAGAGCGGCAGCCUAAUUUUCAGCUACAGCCAGAGCAGCAGCAUUUGUUUCAACAGCCACAAAAGCAACAGAUAAAGAACCCACAACAAGAACUGCAACAACAUUCAUUCAAGUCACAGCAGGCUGAAAAUCCUUCUCCAUUUUUUUCACCUAAACCUCGUUUCGACUCUACCCCACCGAAGCAACAGCAGCAACUUCAACAGACUCAACAUUCUCAACAACCUGACGACCUGCAACAACUACAGCAACCUAACCACCAUCCCCAGCGACAGCAGCAGCUAGCACCACCGAAGCAGCUAGCACCACAAGAGCAACAACAUUUAAAUAGCGGGCUGCAGCAACGAACUCAACCAAAACAACAGCAAAAAAAUAAAGGGCACCAAAAGAAAAAACAACAGCAAAAACUACAGCAGCUGCAACAACAACAACAGCAGCUGCAGUUGGAAAGAUGUGGUUCUGCAAACAGUCGAUACAGUGAUCGUUCUGUUAAUAAGUUUCAACAAAAAAGAAGACAAACCGAUUUUCCGCCAGUAAGCUCACUAACGUGCCACAUCUGCAACAUCAGCUUCCUGACUAACCAGGAUUUCAACAACCACAUGGUGAACAGCAUAGAGCAUAGGCAGAAACAAAAGUUAUCUUUGACAUAUCUUCUCAGUUCUACCAAUCAGAGUCCACAGUUCCAAGCUAUCUCAUCUAUAAUAGGCCUUCAGCAGCUCGGCUUGGCCUACAAGCUAUCCAAUCAGCAGUCAAAGUUCAACGGUCGAAUGAAGUUCAACAAUGCUAAAGGUAUCGUCACUGGGGAUCAUAACAACAACAGCAAAGAUAGCAAGAACAGAAGAUUCUGCCUUAAGUGUCAGCUUAUUUAUUACUGUUCAAUGCCAGACCACCAGAAUAAUAAAGUUGUUAGACUAUGUAGGAAGGGCUGCAUCCUUUGUAAGACCGGCUCGUUCGACAAUUUCCUCUUGUACAAGAAACAUUUAGGCCACCAAUCACAUAAGGAUAAGGUAGCAGAGCUGAAUGAGUCUUUAACCGCCAGAGGUCUGCCCAUCAACGAGAAGGCUCUGCAAAGCUUAGCAAGAUACAGUAACAACAACAACAACAAUAAUAAUAAUAAUAAUAAAGAUAAUAAUAAUAAUAAUGAUAAUAAUAAUAAUGAUAAUAAUAAUAAUAAUGCUGAUAACGACGGUUUCGAUAGUAAGAAUGUUAAGAAUAGACUUGGCCCCAGGAGUAAUAGUAGUAGUAGUAGUAAUAAUAAUAAUAAUAAAGUUGAUAGGCGAAGGAGUUAUGAUAAUGAUGACGAUGUUGAGGCCGAUGAUGAUGAUGAUUGUAUUGGUGACGAUAGUAAUGAUGAUCAUGAUGGCCUGAGAGCGAAAGAAAAGAACGAUGCCGGUGGUGAUAUAAAUGAUAAUGAUGGAUUGGGUGGGGAUAAUGGUACUGAUGGUAAGGGUGAACUUAAUGAUGGUAAUAUUGAUGACGACAAUGGUGGUGAUGCGAGUAAGAAAGUGAACGCCAAUGGAGUCAUUGGUGGUCAGUAUUUAAUACCAGCUAGUGGGUACUUUUGUACGCUGUGCAAUAAAUUUUACAAUAUGCAUGAAGUGGCCUUGGAGCAUUGUAGGAGUCUGACACACGCCAUUAAGUAUGAGGUGGAAAUGCUUGCCAGGAAAGAAAAGAAAAGAAAGAACAAAGGAAAGAACAGCAACAACAAAGAACAACAACAAAUUUAGUAAUUACAACAACAAUAACGACGAUGACGACAAUAAUAAUUAUAAUAAUUAUAGUCAUAAUUUAAUUGAAAUUAUGAUGACUCUUACAAUUAUUACGAACAAUAGUAUUAGUUCAAAUGCUUUCCUGUCUUUCAUAUAAGCAUGGUUUAUGUUAUAAGCUUCAUUACACUAUAUAUAUAUAAACAUAUAUAUAUACAUAUAUAUAUAUAUAAUAUAUGCUAUGAUAUAUAUACAUAGUAUUGUAUAAAUUAUAUAUGUAUAUAUACCACUGUACAUUGCUUAUUUGCAUAUGUAGAUGCAUGUUAUAUUUUUAGUCCGUGUAUAUUGUUUAAGUAUCUAUACGUGUGUGUGUGUGUGUGUGUGUGUUUGUAUGUUUGUUUGUCUUCAGUUAAUGCUACUUCCAUAGAACGUUAAUGCUUCUUUGAAGUUUCAGUUCCGAAAUAAAACUUCCCAUAGCCG